AUAACCCUUGCUUCUAGGGCUUACUCUCGCGUUUCCGGAUCUUAAACUAAAAUUUUUUUUAGUUUAAUUCUUUUUUUAUUUCCUCAACGAUGAUGCAACAGCCUCCUCCAGUACCGUCGCAGGUGGUGCCGCCGCCGACCUCCGAUCAGGGCGGUCAGUACCAGCAGCAGCAGUGGAUGACUUACCAGCAGCCGCCACAGCAACAACCGCCGGUUCCGCCUCCAGCUGGAUGGACGCCGCAGCCCGUCCCGCCGCCUUCUCAGCAGCAGUACGCCGUCCCGCCUGAUACGGCUACAGACGGGAUCCGGUCGUUGUGGAUCGGAGACUUGCAGCAGUGGAUGGAUGAAAAUUAUCUCAUCGGCAUCUUCGCUCAUACAGGAGAGGUGAUUUCAGCAAAGGUCAUCCGCAACAAGCAAACAAAUUUUCCUGAGGGUUAUGGAUUCAUUGAGUUUGUGAGUCAUGCUGCAGCAGAGAGGGUUUUGCAGUCUUAUAAUGGCUCACAAAUGCCAAACUCAGAGCAAAAUUUCAGACUAAAUUGGGCAACUUAUGGUGCUGGUGAGAGGCGCCCAGAUGAGGGUCCUGAUUACACAAUUUUUGUUGGGGAUUUGGCCGCUGAUGUUACUGACUACAUGUUGCAAGAAACAUUUAGAGGUGUCUAUCCAUCUGUGAAGGGUGCUAAAGUUGUCACUGAUAGGACGACUGGACGUUCUAAGGGCUAUGGGUUUGUUAGGUUUGGUGAUGAAAAUGAACAGCUGCGAUCCAUGACCGAAAUGAAUGGAGUGCUCUGUUCUACUAGGCCCAUGAGGAUUGGGCCAGCUGCUACCAAGAAACCUGUUAGUGGCCAGCAAUUUCAGAAAGCUACCUAUCAGAAUGCUCAAGGAAACCAGGGCGAGAAUGAUCCAAAUAAUACAACAAUAUUUGUUGGAGGCUUGGAUCCUAGUGUUACAGAUGAUAUUUUGAAAACAGUUUUUGGUCAAUAUGGUGAAUUAGUUCAUGUGAAAAUUCCAGUAGGCAAGCGUUGUGGUUUUGUACAGUUUGCUAACAGAGCUUGUGCGGAGCAAGCCUUGUCAAUGUUGAAUGGAACCCAAUUAGGAGGACAGAACAUUCGACUUUCAUGGGGACGUAGUCCUUCAAACAAACAGGAUCAGCCUGAUCAAGCCCAAUGGAACGGUGGUGGAUACUAUGGAUAUCCACAAGGAUACGAGGCUUAUGGAUAUGCGCCUCCUCCCCAAGACCCGAACAUGUACUAUGGGGGCUAUCCUGGGUAUGGAAAUUACCAGCAGCCAGGGGCAUACCAACAACCACAGCAGUGAUCAGUUAAUGUUGAGAUGUUGAAGUUGGUGGUUGCUGUUAUCAGUUGAAUUUUAGGAUGCGUUUGUGCGAUGGUUUUCGAAUGAUGUGGUGUUUGGUGUUAGAAUAUGAUUUUGUUCUCUUUCCUUUUUUCUUAUUUUAUAAUUUAAUAUUUUAAUUUGUAAGUUUAAAAUGCGUUUGCUAGUGGGUUGUGUGUUGAAGUACACAUGGGCAUAGAGAUGAUAUAAAGGCUUUCAUUGAUAAGAUGCUGUAGCUGCUGCAUUACUCUUGAUGUUAUUUGUGAAUCAUUUGCUAUUUUUAAUUUUUCUUAU